AUGGCAGUAGAUAUCAAUAAAUCUGCUUGUAGCAGUUUGGAACUCAAUCACCCUGAAACCGAGGUGAGAAAUGAAACUGCAGAAGAUUUUCUGAUUUUGUUGAAGGAGUGGAGGAGGCUAUGUCAAAAGUUUGGACUCAUCUCCACGACCGAGCCACUAGAAUCUGAUAGCGAUUCAGAAGAUGACGAUAAUGAUGUUGUAGAAGAGGAGAGUAAUGGAUCUGAAAUGCCACCUGAUGAAUUCGAGGUUGGAGAGCUACUCUCCAUUUGUUAUGAGAAUCCCAAGAAUAAGGAAUUUGCAUCUGCGCUUCAUUUUAAGAAGCAAUCUGUUCUUCGAGUGGAAGAAGAAAAUGGAAGAAACAAGACAAGACGCUCGAAAGGUGUGUAA